UUCGUCGUUGCGAGUUUGCGAGAGCGAGUUUUGGUCGUCGUUGUUGUAGCCGCGCUCUGUCAAGCGUGCAACGAACCACAACUCGUGGCGUGAACAAGGCUGGGCACAACGGAACGUCACUGUAUCAUCCACUGUGGAAUCCUAAACGCGUCAGAGAUGGUGGAACUGGGGAACGAUUCGGAGGAUGAAGUCGAGGUGUUGGAUCUCACGACUCCGUUGCCUCCCGCCUCAAGGAGGUUGUGCCCAAGCCCGACGGCGGCAACAGCAGUGGGAGCGGUGGCAUCAUCGCCUGCCAGCCCCGUGGCCCGUGAGAGGAACGGAGGGGAUGGAGUGAGCGAUGGAAGCGGCAGCGACAGCAACGAUGAUUUGUUCAGCAUGGACAUCAAGCCUCUGCGAGAGCGGCUCCAGCAGACCUCGUCUACAACGGCAACAACAUCCGCGGCAGGCGGACCGAGGCGUGACGGUAGUAGGGCCCCUUCUUCGUCUACGAACGCAUCCCGAUCACGACCCACUACGGCCGCGUCUACUGAGAGGUUACGUGUUCUGGAUUGUUCCUUCGACGAAGAGGAAGACGGCGUCUACGUCGGUGGAGGCAAAGGGAAGGCGAGGGCCAAGGCAACGAAGGAGGGGAUGGGCAGCGGCGGCGGCGGCGGUAGCAGCGCUGCCACGGGUACCAGCAGUUGUGGCAGAGACAACGAGGAGGAGGAGGAGGAGGCAGACUAUACUUGCACGCAAGAGAGCCAAGUUGUUGAUCUUCUCAGCGACUCCGACGAUGACGAAGGCGGGGUAGCGCCGGGCCGCUCGCAGCUUUGGAGCCAAGGAGGAGCGGGUGCGAGGGCAACAGCGCAGCAAGCCUCCAAUAACGCAGGCGAUAGCAACGACGGCAGCGACGACGACGACGACCCGUCAGUCCUUGAGAGAAACGGCGACGAAGAUGACCCGGGUGCAGGAGGAGCAGCAGCAGCGGACUCUCCCUCAGACCUCGACUUGGACUCUCUGCUGCUGGCCUCCCAGGCGUCUUCCUGCGUCAGCAUGUCCUCGCCCUCCCGUCCCGUCCUCGGCGAUGAUGGAGCGGGAGCGCGGCAAGCGAGAGCGAAGAAGCCUGGCGGCGGCGGGGAGGUGCGCGGAGUUGGAAAUGCGAGCGCCUCAACGGCAGCAGCAGCAGCAGCAGCAGCAGCAGCAGCAGCAGCAGACGUUGUCGGUGUCCUUGACGACAGCAGCGACGAUGACUUCUCGAUGGACGGUGGGGGGGGACGGGCGACGAGUUCGAGUUCGGUGUCGCGUCGAGGAGCGAUUACUGCCAGCGGUGGUAGCGAUGCUUCGGUGGGCACGGCGACGGUUUCGAGGAAUGAGAAAGCCCCCGCGCCAAAGGAGCCCGCGGCAAACAGGAAACGGCAGCGGCAAGAGGCGGCCGCCGCCGCUAGGGAGCGGAAGGAGCAGGAGAAGCUGGCGCGCAAGCGUGAGAAGGAACUGGAGAAGCGUGAGAGGGAACUGGCCAAGCAGCGGGAGAAGGCCGAGAAGGCAGCCAAGACCAAGCGGGACCAGCAGGCGCGUGGCAAUUUCAGGAACGAGGAGGUCGCUUGCGUGAUGGAACGACGCUUCUUCAACAGCGCCCGCAACGCCUGCGCUCGCGCAGGAGCGGCCGAACAGCAAGGCCACAAGGAAAAGUUCAUGGUGGCCCCUGGUGAUUGCGGGGCCGCUGGGGCGGUCUGGUGGACUCGACGAGGUGCGGGAGGAAGGGGGAAAAGACCGCACGAGUGGCGGAUGGAUGGACAGAUAGGCAGGCAGGCGUAG